CGUCUGCUGGAGUUCAACCAGGGAAAACUUCCCUUCGGUGCCGCUCAGAUCGGAAACUCCUUCAGGAACGAGAUCUCUCCUCGAUCUGGACUCAUCCGUGUCAGAGAGUUCACCAUGGCUGAGAUCGAGCACUUUGUGGAUCCAGACGAGAAGAACCACCCGAAAUUCUCUAACGUUGCCGACCUGGAUAUUCUGCUGUUUUCUUCCAAGGCUCAGACUAGUGGUCAGUCUGCACAGAUCAUGAGGCUGGGGGACGCUGUGGAGCAGGGGGUGAUCAACAACUCAGUGUUGGGUUACUUCAUUGGAAGGAUCUACCUCUAUCUGAUCAAAGCCGGGCUGUCCAAAGACAAAGUGCGCUUCCGUCAGCACAUGGAGAACGAGAUGGCUCACUACGCCUGCGACUGCUGGGACGCUGAGUCCAAAACAUCCUACGGCUGGAUUGAGAUCGUUGGAUGUGCUGAUCGCGCCUGCUAUGAUCUGUCGUGUCACUCCAAAGCCACGAAGGUCCCUCUAGUGGCCGAGAAGCUCCUGAAAGAACCCAAAGUGGUAAACGUUGUCCAGUUUGAGCCCAAUAAGGGAGCCAUAGGAACUUCCUACAAGAAGGAUGCUAAACUGGUUCUGGAGUUCCUGGCCGGGUGUGACGAAUGUUACAUCACCGACCAGGAGAAGCUCCUCACGGACAAAGGAGAGUUCAGCAUUGAGACUCAGGGACGGACAUUCAAAGUGACCAAAGACAUGGUCAGUGUGAAGCGGUUCCAGAAGACUCUGCACGUGGAGGAGAUUGUUCCCAAUGUAAUCGAGCCGUCCUUUGGCAUCGGCAGAAUCAUGUACUCCAUCUUCGAGCACUCGUUCCGCAAGAGGGAGGGCGACGAACAGAGGACGUAUUUCAGCUUCCCUGCCACUGUGGCUCCAUACAAAUGUUCCAUCCUUCCUCUGAGCCAACAUCAGGAGUUCACGCCAUUCGUCCAGCAGUUAUGUGAGUGUGAUGCUAACUCUCAGAUUAAAAUACAGCAUUAUGAAGUGUAACUUGUUUGUGUCUCC